UAACCUUACAAGAAGCGCUUGACUUCUCUCAUGUCAUCGUGUCACGUCUUGGAAAAGUUUAACGAGUUUCAUCUUGAAAUAUCUCCCGGAUUUACUUAUUUAGCGAGGAAACCAUUUGGCUCGGAAGUUAUUUUGUAAAAGGACGAAUAUUUUUAAAGAAAAAGACGGAACAUUUAAAAAGUUUUAGGAUUGUGUGAGGCCAAGGUUUUCGUUUGUACUUUGAAAAUCUUUUGUUCUUCCCCCUCCAAUGUGAUUGUAGUUUCUUCAUCCUUAUUUGAUCAAACAAACAAAGCAUUUAAUAAUAAACAACAGCACCAUGGCACUGUUUGAUUUAACUAACCGUUUGUCGCAGUAUUUCGACCGGCAUCUCAUCUUACCGUUCAUGGAAUUCCUGUCCGACAACAACGUGUACGACAAUAAAGAAUUAAUUCGAGGGAAACUAGAAAUUAUCAGUAAAACUAAGAUGGCCCGUUAUGCCAUAACCCUUCAUCACGAUCUCUACCCGUUGCAAGACAUCCCCAAAAGUUACCACGAGAACUUAAAUCGUGUCUUGGCCGAAGAUAAAAAACUCAAGGAACGGGUCGAGAAAAUCGCUGAAGUAAUGAACGAUCCUGAAGUUAUGAAGACCAUCAGUAAUUUCAGAGAUGGAAGCCAGUUGUACGAAUAUCUCACCACUCGUCAUGAUAUCAGUAAAAAUAUUACAGAAGACAUGUACAACUACGCCAAGUUCCAGUUCGAAUGCGGUAACUACGAAUUCACCAGCCAAUAUCUCUAUUUCGUGCGUAUUCUCCUACCAACCAACGACAAAUUCUACCUCAACACAUUAUGGGGUAUCCUGGCAUCAGAAAUACUUCUGCAGAACUUCGAUGCCGCCCUGGAGGAAUUAAACAGGUUGAGGGAAUAUAUCGACACCAAUGCAGCUUUUUGGCCUGCUUUGCAGACCUUACAGCAGAGAACCUGGUUCGUUCACUGGUCCUUGUUUGUGUUUUUUAACAAUUUGGAUGGCCUUGAUCUUCUCGUAGAUUUAUUUCUUUAUCAACCUCCAUACCUGAAUACAAUCCAAACUGUUUGUCCUCACAUCCUUCGAUACCUGACCACAGCUGUUAUUAUCAACAAGAGUCGCCGGAGAUCGGUUCUCAAGGAUUUGGUGAAAGUCAUUCAACAAGAGAGCUAUUCUUACAGAGACCCCAUCACUGAGUUCGUUGAAUGUCUCUAUGUCAACUUUGAUUUUGAUGGUGCCCAGCAAAAACUACGGGAAUGCGAAGCCGUCUUCUGUUACGAUUUCUUCUUGAGCAAUCUCGUAAACGAGUUCAUUGAGAACGCCCGUCUCCUCAUCUUUGAGAUUUUCUGUCGGAUCCACGAAUGCAUCAGCAUCAACAUGCUGUCGCAGAAGCUGAACAUGACACCCGAUGCUGCCGAGCAGUGGAUUGUCAAUUUGAUCAGACAUGCCCGACUCGAUGCUAAAAUAGACUCAAAGCUAGGUCACGUUGUCAUGGGAACAAAAGCCAUUUCCCCUUAUCAGCAAGUAAUCCAGAAAACCAAAGACUUGCACUCUCGUUCCCACUUCCUUGCACUAAAUAUACAUAAGAAACUAGGAUUGAAAUUCCCUGAAUCUGGCACUCAGUGGGGACAGGAUUAAUAUAAAAA